AUGUCCGAACGUACUGUGAUGUUGAUCAACACAAAAACAGGAGAUGAGAAGUACACAGCGGCCACAUUGGAGUUGGAGUGUAAUGACGUCUACAAGAAGGAUGGUGAGACAAUUCGCACGCCAUGGCCCUUGUGGCUCAAGAAAUGCAGCCAGUGGGGUCAGUUCUACGACCAGCUUUCGGACUCUUGUGGCGCUUGCCCUGAUUCCAAUGGUCAGAGCCCACAGGAAGCCUUUCCGGAUUUGAAUCUGCCGGACGAGAGCUGGUUCAGGCAAUGCAUGCCUAUGCCAUCCGCAACAGGAAUGAUGUGUGCGUGCAGUUACGAAUACCACGGCUUUGAUGACAACGGGAAUUACAAUUGGGGCAGCGGCACACAAAAGGUACCCAUGACAGAAAGUUGCAAGGCGGCUGAUGACGGGUGCAUGCAGUUCGUGAGCAGCCGAGAGGCCUGGUCCGUACAGCCUUGGAUGUUGAAGCUGCCUUCGUACACUUGCACUGGCUUGCCGCCCUUUGCUCCAAGUAGUGACGUUUCAAGCUCCAUGAUGACACCUCCUUUGGAGAAGGACUCGCUGUAUCAACUUCUCCGGUUCUCCUUUGCGGACGGCGUGGACUCGAUCUCGAACAUCACGAAAAGCUGGCAGUUGAAGGAGAACUCCGUGAAGAUCCUGUUCAUGUCCCGUAUUUCCAAGUCGGGUCAGGAUCUGAGUGUGGGGCCUUCCUUGGCAGAGCUCGCCAGCAAUUGCCAGAUCAACAUCAACGUCUACUUUGACACCCAGGGCACCGCGGUGAACAAUGGAGAGUCAGUGCCAGCCAGCGCCAUUCCAACCUAUAGCCCUCUGUGUGUGGCCAAUGAAGUGAACCACAUGAAGGAAUUCAUCGCGAACAUCACGGGGGAAAUGGCUGCACUGGCCAACAACAGUGUGACCUGCAACGCCAGCAAGGGCGACGCCAGUGGCGGCCACGGGUACCGUCGGCUGUCGAAGAGGCAAAAGGAGGUGGAGAAACUCCUGCAAAGCUGGGAAGACAUGGCCAGGUCGCAGGGACGACCCACACCAUCCAUGCUGGGCAAGUUGCAAUUGAAGAAGGAAGCCGAACGAAUGGUGGCUGCGCGUCAGGCCAGGGAAUGGAAGAGGAAGCUGCAAGAUGAGACAGAACACUACGUGGUCUCUGGACGCGUGAGAUUCUGGAUGCAGGAAGACUGUGAGUCCAUGGGGGCCGCCGUUGGGGAACUGAAACCCGAGACGAUUGCAAGCUUUUACUUGCCACUGCUGGAGCACGCCCUUGGUGCGGACGUUGUUUCACAAUAUGCCGACCAUUUUAAAAUCGAGGUGAACGACUGCAAGCCUUUUGAACUCGCAGAUGGGACUACGUCGGGAAGUUCAAUCUUCGUGCAGUACACUCUCGACGCAGGGCCCGUGCAGGGUGGAGACGAUUCACUCCAAACGGCCGGGCGACCCGACGUACGGGGGGAUGUCACUGACAAGAAGCUGUGGUAG